AUGAUGCAUCUCUCCUCUCUCGUUCUUUUGACACUAGGCGUGAGCGGCUUGUCUCAAGCGGCUGCCGUUCUGCGAGCUCGCGCCUGUAACUUUACUUGGGCUGCGGAGAAUGGCGACACGUGCGCAUCCAUGGCGGCGUUCUGGGGUAUCUCCGAAGAGAAUUUUAUUCGAUGGAACCCUUCCGUUGGUACAAAUUGCGCCAACGGUGUUGUUGCGGGCACCGAGUACUGUAUCGACUUCACUGACGACAGUCCUCCUCCUCCUCCUACCACCACGUCAUCUGCGCCCCCUGUGACAUCUUCGGCCCCCGGUUCAACAUUCCCUACACCCAUUCAAGAGGGUGUCAUUCAGACCUGUGAGCAAGCCAUCCGAGGCACGCCAUGGGCCCAUACACUACUGACCCAUUCAAAGGCGACGAAGUUCCACAAAGCUGUAUCCGGUGACACUUGCAUAAAGAUAGUUGACACAUACAAGACCUUCUCGCUUGAGGACUUCGGUCUUUGGCUAGGUUACAACUACUGCAUUGCCGUGCCCGGCACACCAACGGCGGCUCCGUCGCAGCCUACCUGUACGUCGGGGACCUCCAAGCCCUCACCAACACAAGCCGGCUUGGUGUCCACCUGUAAUAGGUUUCACAAGGUCGUCUCAGGCAACACUUGCGAGAAGAUCUCUCAGCAAUACGGAAGCUUUUCUCUUGCGGACUUUGGAACCCAGCUGUUGGCACUGUUACAUUGUUCAGGCUUGUGGCUUGGGUAUUACGUGUGCAUUGGUGUGCCUGGUACGCCUACCACACCGACCACGAGGCCCUCAACACCAACAACCACCGCCCCUGCUGGCCCGUCUCCUACGCAGGAUGGAAUUCUCAAGAGCUGCAAGGAAUACUAUAAGGCCGUUUCCGGCGACUUCUGUCAGAAGAUUGCUGAUGCUAAACGCAUUUCGAUGGCCCACUAUUCCUGGAACCCAGCAGUAGGACAAGAUUGUUCGGGUCUGUGGCUCGGCUACUAUUACUGCGUGAGAGCAUGA